UUUAUUUUUUUUUAUUAGUUGGCAAAGUAGAAACAAACUACCCAAAUUUUUUCUAAUCAGUGGCUCCAAUAAUGGAGUGCCAUUUCUGGAAGAUUUUCGCUCUAUCUAGCGCAGUUAAAAUAUUGCUAAUUCCUUCGCCUCACUCCACAGAUUUCGAAGUACACCGGAAUUGGUUGGCUAUAACGCAUUCAUUACCCAUAAGUAAAUGGUAUUAUGAAAACACUAGCAAUUGGACGCUUGACUAUCCACCCUUCUUUGCCUAUUUUGAGUGGCUGCUAUCUUAUGCCGCAUCCUUCGUGGAUCCGCAAAUGGUAGUCGUGACAAACCUCAACUAUGCUUCUACGGCUACAAUUUAUUUCCAACGUUGCUCAGUGAUAAUUGUGGAUCUAGUGUUCGCUGUUGGUGUACGACGAUCUCUACGGGCAUUAAAAAUAACGCAAUCAUCGUCACAAUCAUUUGCUGCGGCGAUGUUACUUUUGUUUAACGUAGGAUUGUUAUUUGUGGAUCAUAUGCAUUUCCAAUAUAAUGGUUUCUUAUUUGGUAUUCUCUUGCUGAGUAUAAGUUUUCUGCUGGAGGAACGUUAUCUGCUCUCAGCAUUCACAUUUGCGUCAUUACUUAUGUUUAAGCAUAUUUUUCUUUACAUGGCACCAGCUUUUGCAGUUUAUCUGCUGAAGUUUUAUUGCCUGGAUUCAAAGUGCACAAGGAAUGCAAUAAUUUGUAUAGCUAAAUUGGCAAUUGUCGGUUUAACACCUAUUGUAGCUGCUUUCGGACCAUUCUAUAAUCAGAUGGAUCAGGUUUUUAGUCGCCUAUUUCCAUUCAAACGUGGCUUAACACAUGCUUAUUGGGCGCCAAAUUUCUGGGCCCUAUAUAAUACUGCUGACAAAGUUGUAGCCAAAUUAUUACGCAUUCCAAGUCCAAUAGGCCCAUCAACCACUUCCGGCCUUGUACAAGAGUUUGAACCACAGUUCUUGCCUAACAUAACGCCGCGCACAACAUUUGUGCUGACUUUGCUCUUUAUGUUACCAAUAUUGAUAAAACUCUUUGCCUAUACGUCUAAAAGCGAAUCAAAAGCUACAUUUCUGCGUGCCGUUGUUAUUUGCUCUUGCUCUUCGUUCAUGUUUGGCUGGCACGUACACGAGAAGGCCAUAUUAAUGUGCCUUUUACCACUGUGCUUGCUUUUUGUACUCCUCCCAACGGAUGCCACAUACGCAUACUGGUUAAGCAUUUUUGGUUAUUUCUCGCUAUUUCCAUUACUUCACCAAUCGUGCGUGCUGCUGCUGCGUUACGCUCUCUAUUUAGCCUAUGUCGCAUUCAUGUACGGGCAAUUGGCCAACCUGUAUCCGAACGAGCGCCAAACGAAACUGCAUGUGUUAGAAAAGCUUUACACAGUUGGUUGUGUAUUGAUUCCCAUAUACGAACAUUUCAUAAGUCCAUUUUUGCAUUUAGACAAAACACUGCCAUUUUUACCGCUAUUACUGACAUCACUUUACUGUGGUCUAGCUGUUACAUACUUUUUCAUUCGUUAUUAUUUACAUGCACUAGCUAUAAGUCCCAGUGCAUCUUUUACAACUAAAACUAAUUUUAAGCCCAAUACAACAACUACAAAAACCGUUAAAGCUAAGGAUAAGUCAAAAUCAAAGUUGUUCAAGUCAAAGCUGAAGGCGCAAUAAAAGUAACUGUUGUAUUGUAA